CACAGAUUGUCUGCAAUAAGCGAUGCCAAAACAUUGGAAGGCUUGCGAUUUGCAUCAGGCAGAUUGCUGACUGUCAAUAUCAGCAAGCAAGCAGUGUGAGGGGAGGAAUUCAGAUUAGGCGGAACCCUUGGCUUGGCGCUCCAACGCGGAUGCCAGUUCCGCAGGCGUCCACGUGUGUUUGUAGAUAUACACACACAAAAUAUAUAUACAUGCACCGAGCUCAAAGGCAGCACCCCACCUUUAGGCUGCCCUCCAACGCUCUGCUCACGAGCUCCAACACGCAUCUGCGUGGGCAAUUUCCUUUCCUCUCCAUCCAAGGCCCCUUGUCUAUCACAGCAAGGUCAGCGCGAGACAUCGCGAACGACGACUGGCCUUCACUCAAGCGCAGGCUCGCUCUGCUCGAUUACGCUAGGUCGAAGGCGAAUCACUUCUUCCUCUCUCGGCGAUCAACAUGUCGCACAACGCGCCCAUCGCCCAGCAGUCCAAUGUUGCUGCCGAGCAAGUCACAGGAGAGGUGCAACCUGCAGCCGAAGCACCCAAGGCAGCUCCUGCUGCCAUUCCCAAUUUCCAGGGAGGUGCAGACGCUGCGCCCAUGAGCUCCGCGGGUACCUGGGGCGAGAGCCAGCGCGGCAAACCCGUCGAUCCAGCUCGCGCCCGCGAAGACUUUGAGCUGGCUCGUCUAGCCAGUCGUCAGCGAAGCACUACAUCGCGCGACCCAUCCUUUGCUGGCGGUGGGACGAUCGCCCAAAUAAUAUCUGGGUCCAGUCGUCGAGCCAAAAAUGCCGAGAAGGCGAUCGAAGAGGGAUCAGGGACUGACGAUGAAAAGGCGGACGCCAAGGCGCACUUGGCCACCUCGGAUGAAGACUUUGAUUUGGGCGCUUGGAUACAAAGUCGAUUUGCUCAACAGCAACGGCAAGGCGUCAACAGCAAGAAGCCUCUCGGCCUCUCAUGGCGUGACGUGUCCAUCAGCGCGCCUGGUGCCGGUGGUGGUGGGAUCUUCGUCAAGACUGUCCCACAAUCCAUCAUCAACACUGCGACGAAUGAUCCCCUCGGCAUUUUGGCGAAGCUCGUUCCUGGAUUUGGGAAGUUGCUGAGCAAAGCGAGCGGCUUGCAGCAGUCGCCACUGCUUCACCCUACAUCCGGCGUCCUGCGAUCUGGCGAGAUGGUCCUGGUCAUUGGCCGUCCUGGCAGUGGGUGCACCACAUUCCUCAAGGCCCUCACUUCAUCGAGCGAUGCGAACGUGUCUCAAGGAGGAAGUAUAUCUUACUCUGGCCUUUCUCCCGCCGAGAUCAACAAGAGGUACCGUGGUGAGGUCGUCUUCUCUGGAGAGGACGACAUCCACUUCUCCACGAUCACCGUUGGGCAGACGCUAAAGUUUGCGCUGCGCAACAAAGUACCAACCAAAAAAGCUCGAUUGGAAGGCGAAUCGCGCGACGACUUCAUCGAGACGAUUGUCACGUUGCUGCUCAAGAUGUUCAAUAUGUCCCACGUUCGAGACACAAUCGUCGGCGAUGCUGCCGUCCGCGGAGUCUCGGGUGGUGAAAGAAAACGCGUCACCCUCAGCGAGGCUUUGAUCACCCGCGCUUCCGUGAUAGCCUUUGACAACGCUACCCGGGGUCUGGACGCUUCGACCGCGCUCGAGUACGCUCGCAGUCUGCGCAUCAUCACAGAUCUCGCUGAGCGAACGACCAUCGCUACCCUCUACCAAGUCUCGGAGAGCAUCUUUGAUCUCUUUGACCGCGUAGCCGUCGUCGAUGAAGGUCGAGUGAUCUACUAUGGUCCCAGAAACCAGACCAGAUCAUAUUUCGAGGGCCUCGGAUACUACACUCCCGAACGUCAAACCACUUCAGACUUCUGCACUGCGCUCGUAGACCCGGAUCAAGUGCAGUUCAAGGAAGGCUUCGAGACUCGUGCCCCUCGCACCGCCGAAGACCGUGAGCGCGCAUGGCUACAAAGCGAUCUUUACAAGGCUCUCCUCAAUGAGACGCAAGAGUAUGAAAGCGCGACAGCGGAUGCAGAUCACGCUCAGCAACUCGGCACAGUCACUGCGAACGAGAAGAACACCGGUGUCAAACCCAGCAGUCCUUACACCGUCAGCUUCUGGCAGCAAACGAAGGCGUGCAUGUGGCGCCAGCUUCUUAUCCAGUGGUCUACCCGUGAAGACAUGUAUCUGAAGCUAUUCACCAUCGUCACCAUCAAUCUUGUCAUCGGCGCUCUCUUCUUUGGCCAAAGCCGUGACUCUACUGGCGUCUUCACGCGCGGUGGUGUGCUCCUUUUCGCCACUCUGCUCAACGGUUGGUUGCAACUCGAGGUCGCCUUUUCUGCAGUUGCCGGCAGACCCAUGCUGGCGCGUCACAGGACCUUUGCAUUCCACCGGCCCGCGGCAGUGUCUCUUGCUCGAGCGAUCAUCGACAUUCCUUUCCUUGCGGUCCAAUGCUUGCUCACGACCAUAAUCCUCUACUGGAUUGCCAAUCUCAGGGCGGACGCCGGAGCGUUCUUCUACUUCUUCCUCGUCGUCUUUCUCUGCGCCUACAAUCUCACUGCUCUGUAUCGCGCCAUAGCUUCCCUCGUCCCAGGCUUUAACGAGGCUAUCCGCUUUAGCGUCAUGGCACUCAACGUCAUCAUCAUGACCAUCGGAUACGUCAUUCGCCGACCACAGAUGAACUGGACGAUUUUCCUCAACUACAUCAGCGGUAUUCCCUACGCAUUCGAGGCCUUGCUAGUGAACGAGCUUGUUGGCCCUAUUCCAUGCAAUCCUAGCCAAAUCGUACCCUUCAACGAGCCUCGUGACGUCACCUAUCAGACAUGCGCUAUCACUGGUGCGUCCCCUGGUAGUCUGGACACCCCCUCGGAGGACUAUCUCUCCACUACGUUCAGAUACCAGUCCCGCACUCGCGGCUACAAUUGGGCUGUCGUUCUGGCAUUCACUAUUCUGUACCUCAUCAUUACCCUCGUGGCCGUCGAAAAGCUCGACUGGACUGCGGGCGGAGGAGGUGUUACCAUCUGGGCGCGAACCAAGGAAGCGAAGCGCCGUUUGGCAGGCGCCACUACCGAGCCAGCCCGCAAGGACGACCCAGAAGCGGCCCCGGUCAAGCCUUCGCGCAGUAACAGCGGCGAAGCAUCCGACGAGACGCGCGCGAAUUCGCCCGAGCAGACAACUGGAGAUGCAAACGUCCAAAAGAAGGCGCUCGACAAAUGGAAUGACAAGGCCAUCUUCACCUGGAAGGACAUCAACUUGACGCUCGGAAACGGGCGAAAGCUGCUUCACGAAGUUGAUGGUUGGGUGCGUCCAGGACAGAUGACUGCCCUGCUUGGUCAAUCAGGUGCAGGCAAGACCACUUUGAUGACGGCUCUCUCUCAACGCGGUGCUGCUGGACACCUGACUGGAGAAAUGCUGGUUGAUGGAAAACCGAUUGACAAGGCCUUCUCCAAGGGUACUGGUCUCGUACUGCAGGCCGACAUGCAUCUUGCAACUCAGACGGUUCGCGAAGCAAUCGAAUUCAGCGCCCUCCUUCGUCAGCCAGCAGAGAUCCCCCGAGCCGAUAAGCUUGCUCAUGCUCAAGAGGUGAUCGAGACCCUCGAGCUGGAAAGCUUGGCCGAUGCACUGAUCGGCAUGCCCGGCGCGGGUCUUUCGAUUGAGAAGCGUAAACGUGUCACUAUCGGUGUAGAAUUGGCUGCAAAGCCCGAUCUACUCCUCUUCCUGGAUGAACCCACUAGUGGUCUUGACUCUGCGGGCGCUGCCGCGAUCGUUCGACUGCUGCGUAGACUUGCAAGCGAAGGUCAAGCUAUUCUCUGCACCAUCCAUCAGCCAUCAGCGUUACUCUUCGAAUCUUUCGACAACGUCCUGUUGCUCAAGCCAGGCGGUGAAGUGACGUUCUUCGGUCAGGCUGGUAAUGUAGCUGGCAAAGGCAGCGAGCGCAUCCGUCGCUACUUCGAGUCUCAGGGCGCUCCUGAGUGUCAUCCGGCUCAAAAUGUCGCCGAAUACAUUCUUGAAGUCGUUGGAGGCUCUCUUGGCCGUGGAGUCGAUUGGGGCAAGAAAUGGCGCGAGUCUGACGACAGCAAAGCAGUACGCACGGAAAUCGACAACAUCAUUGGCGAACGCUCUCAGCGACCCAACAAGGUGGCUUCGCGCGACUUGCGGGAAUACAGCGCGCACACCUAUGAACAGAUCCGUGUUCUGGUGCACCGUCAAUUGCGCGACACCUGGCGUGACUCUGCAUUCACUUAUGGUCUACUCUUCUCACACUUACUCGUCGGCCUCCUGAGCGGUGGCAUCUUCUACGGCCUCAACACUUCUCCGGUGGAUCUGCAGAACAGGAUCUUCGUCGUCUUUCUCAUUUUGCUCAACGUUCCUGCUGUCGUCAACGCCAUCAUCAGCAAGUUCUUUGAGCUCCGCGUUUUGUUCGAAGCCCGCGAGUCGCCAUCCAAGAUUUACGCUUGGUACUCUCUUAUCGCGGCCUUCCUCAUUGCUCUGACUCCAGUGGCAUUGGUUUGUGCAGUAAUCUACUUUGUACCUGGAUUCUUCUUGCCGUACGGCAAACAGCCGACCUAUGUCGCGGGUUUCUUCUUCCUCAACACUCUCACCGUCGUCUACUUCUUCAUCCUCUUCGCCCUUAUCUUGGUCGGCUCUUGCCCCUCGCCCGUCAUUGCAGCCGAGCUUGUGCCAUUCUUGCUGCCCAUCCUUGCCAUCUGCAACGGUGUCAUCGUUCCCAGGGCCAGCAUGCCUCAGCCGUUCAGGUCUUUUGUCUACUACGUCAACCCUAUCUCGUACUACGUGCAGGCACAGGUUUCCACGAUCAUGCAUCCCUUGCAGGUCGUCUGUGAAAGGGAAGAUCUCGCCAUCUUCAAUCCUCCUCCCGGUCAGGAUUGCUCCGCAUACGCUGGCGCUUGGGCUCAGACUGCUGGUGGCUAUCUCAGCAACCCUGAAGCCACCGCCGAAUGCGGCUUCUGUCAAUACCGGGAAGGCUCUCAAUUCGCAAUGACCCUCAACGCCGACUACAGCUUCCGCUGGCAAGCCUGGGGCAUCUUGCUCGGCUUCACCUUCUUCAAUCUCUUUGCUGUCUUCUUCGGAUAUUGGUGGAUGAAUGUCAAGGGCUAUGGAAUCGGUGUCGCCGCCUCUAAGAGCGUUGCUGCCAGAGCUUGGCGUAGCGUGCGCAAGUCCAAGAAAUAGAUGGGUCGUAGAGACAGUCGUGAGAGUAUAAAUACGUCCUUCAACACGAGGUCUUUGUUCUCUACUGCCUUUUGCGCCCC